CACAGGCUCCAGAGGUUUCAAUCAAAAUCUGACAGCUCAAGCUCUACUGCAAAUUGUGGUGAUAUAGUAAUCGUUCGACUUGCCAACAGCUUGCUGAAGAACAAUACAGGAAGAAGCUCAUGAGCUGCGUAGGCUGAAAGAGCGCGCGACCGGCUCGUCUGUUUAGUCAAGCAACCGUUUCCUCUUUGCUGCCUUUUUUUGCUAUGCAAAAAUUUUUGUGUUUUUCGUGAACGUAAACUAUACACGCUUGCUCGGCACCAGACAUAAGUGAGCGUAGUGUACUUCUUUAGCCUGACCUUCUGAGAAAAAGAAAAUGCUGGGACAAUUCCAGUGUCAAGUAGUCUGAUCGCAAGCUACUUUACCAAAAUUUCACCCUAUUCAGCUUUGUUACUACUAGCCGUCGCCAUCCAUAAAUUCACUUUGGAUCCGGGAGUUUGUUUUUUUUGACGCAUAAAAUCUCAAGACGAGGUACUACCCGCUUCCGUCGUGCAGCUCAGGAACUACCGGGGAUCACUGAUAUCCCGCGCCACAAACCGCUUCAUACCGGUCGCUUUUCUCGUUCACUUCCACCUGCGUCGACAUCGGUCACAGAAAAUUUCCCGUAAAACGGCCGGUGCCGUGCAGCGAUGGCUUUCAUUUCCGCAGGGCGGCAUUUGAAGCCACACGAUCUACGUAGCAGCAGCCGGAGCAGCCCACAAGUACUUUAUUUACAGCACGAAAUUUACAGGAAGAAAAGACCGACGGCGUAUUUCUGCAAAUGUUCAAUGGUUAGAGAACAGUAGUUCUUCGCCUUUUCAUCUUUCGAGAUUUCUGUUCCAAGUGGAGAACCCGAAAAAAAACUUUAUAAUCGAGGUGUGAGAAUAUUAUUUCCGUGAUAGUUGAUGUUGCACCAUUUGGUUUUAGUUUUACGAUUAAUUCAACAACUCAUCUCAGGUUUUGCUAACACGGAGAGCCGCAUUCCGCCCAGCAGCGAUGGAGAUGCAACUGUCGUCGAGCACAAGAACGACUUCCACCCCGUCCUCGCAGAUACGGGCACAACGUGUGGUCGAGCAGCCGCACAGGGGCGACCAGGGAAUGAUGAUCAUUUCCUCCAGCGGGCCAACAGAAACUGAAACCGUCCGCCUCGUGCCCAACUACGAGACCAAACUCCUGCGCGAGGACCAGUGCCGUGCCGAAAAGGUUCGCGUCAGUCUCAAGCGGCCGUCUGAAGUGGAGGGACUUAACAAGCCUGUGGUUCUAGUGCCGCGAGCAACUUCUACAGGGCGGUCUUCUGGUUCUGGGGCGCCACGUGGUGGUUUCAAUACCUCUGGCGGCCGCGAGACGGACUCCAAUCAAGACCCUGGCGCGAGCAGCGAUGACCCGAAGGACGGCAAGCUGGUACAUCUGAAGCGGAAUGCAGCCGUGCAAAUGGACUUUGCCAACGACACCCCGCACCAGACCACCGUCACCUUGACCAAGCCACCCGAAUCAACUACGGAAAGGGAACGGUUUUCGAGUUCUUCCGACAGUUCUUCAGUAGCUGGUUUUAUUUUUACCUCGUCUCAUCUGUGAACGAUUCUAUACUCGUCUCGGUUUAACGAUGUCUCGGCUUAUUGUGAUAAAUACAACGGUUGUUUUGAACAUGAUGCAGAGGAGAAGGUGUCCGCGGUAAGAUUUUGCGAGGGAGCGACACGUGCAUGGUAUCCUAUUUCUAAGAAGUAGGAGUGGAGGUUCUAUGUUGUGAAAAAAUCAACAUGUAUUCUUGAUUUUUUGUCCGUGGUACUUAGAAACGAAAUGUUUGACAGAAAUACUAUAACAAGAACUGUACGGAAAGAGCAGGUUUUCAGUUGGUAUAAUCCGGCGUCCACCGGGUAGUGCUGCUAAAGCCACGUAGCCGCACCAGUGCAGCUCCCUCGCCGACCCCGGCCAUGAAUGUUAGUAUUACUCCGCGAGCCAAGACCCACGUAACCUUGACGCCACGGAUCAACAUGGACUUGGGAAAUAAUAAAGGCGUCGGCGCAGCAACUGCAACUACAACACAGCAACUGCAAAUAACGACUAAAGGAACUACAACCUCAAAACCGACAGCAACUGCAACUACAGCGGAUAUCAAACGUACCACAAGUACAGCAGCUACAACCUCAAAACCGACAGAGACUGCAUCAACAGCGGAUAUUAAAAUUACCAGAGCAGCACCCACAACCUCAAAACCGACCGCAAGUGCAACUACAGCGAGUAUUAAAAUCACCACUACAGCAGCUACAACCUCAAAACCGACAGCAACUGCAACUACAGCGGAUUAUAUUAAAGUUACCACAGCAGCAGCUACAACCUCAAAACCGCAUACAGAACCACGACGUCGCACUCGUUGUCAACAGGUGAAGGAUAUGGGCUGCAAAAUAAGUAUCGUCGUUGUACUUAUUGCAAAAUUCAAUGAUAUAUGACAAAUCUUUUUUCUAUACCAGCUAAACCAGCAUCACAAAUUCUAAUUUUCCGUGUGAACAAAUUUGUAAAUGCAAUUCAUACUAGUAGGAGGAUAGUACAACAACUUUUGCGAUGCAUAAAGGAGAAGCCUGUGACAAUCGAUAGCAGCUACAUGAACUACCCGAAGCGCGUGAUGUCCGAACUGGCUAACAGCAGGAGGAACGAGGAGCUUAUUCGCACGGGAAGGUGGAACAACGGGCUCAAGAAGAUGCUAUAUGCAUUGCAAAUAUGUCUGGGUCUGGAAAGUUGCGAUGCAUGUCAGUGAAUUGAUGUAAGCGUACCAAAGUAGCAUGACAAAUCCCUGAAAAAUAUUCCAGGCCCAGACAUAUUUGCACUGGAUACGCCACAACCUACAACAACUUCUUACUCGGGAGGACCAUCCGCCCAGAUAACAAAAAGUACAACUACAGAGGACAAGACGAAAGAAUCUUCACAACUGAUGCGACUUAUUUCCAGCACGGGUUCUUCUUGUCGUACUGCUACAACUGCAACGGACAGCGGUGCAGAAAUAAACAUCGGUCUCGUUUCUACUACCUCCUCCAAAGUGAUGAAAACUAGUUCUUCCUCGUCCGAUAAGCAUGGCGGUCCGGAUCGAAAAGUGUGCACCAGCAGCCGCUCUCCUAGACCAGCACAAAAUCGGCAAAGUGUACUCUCGUCGUCCACAGGGGGAGGAGGUUCUUGCAUUAACAAACGCGAACCUUCAAUGCUAGACGGGCCUCCCGCAACAUCAAAUAUCAACGUCCGACCACGUUCGACCGAGCGGGCAGACGUGUGGCCGUCGUCCAUUAUGGACGAUAAAAAUUUCGGAAGUAGUGCAACUUCCUGUGCAGAAGUUGUUCCUGGGUCGUACAACUACCGUGGUCAACAUCCGCUUUCGCGCGAGCCACGGAUCAUCUCAAGUAGCUGUGGAAGUCCCGACAACCACAGCAGCAACCACCACAAGGAACAUUUUCCACCUGCGCUUGUCGCGCACGAGUCGAGGGAGAUGAUCUCCUCCUGUAGUACACCACAGAGUGCGGAGCAGCAACAAGGAGCACGAGCACGAGGACCAGGGAGGAGCAAAAACAAAAAAGUAAAACAAAAACAACAUCCAGCUGCAGUCACGGUAGCUGACAGCACGUCGGAUGUUGAGCUGGAGUUUGUGGACGAAGAGAACUACAUGGGACGUUCAUCGCUGAAGGAUUUGCUUCACCACGGCCAGCAUGUUAGAAAUCAGACUUUUCCUCCGCCGAAGAGCACGACGUGUUCUGGGACCACUACAUGCACAAGAACAGAGAUAGUAACAAUGAGCACGACGUCGAAGAAAUUGUGUCUACCCUGCGCAAUUAUAGGUGGUAACGAGAACGAAUGCGAUAGCGGCGACGCCAGCGGGGGGCAGAAAAGGCGAAAGAAAUCGACGUCCAAAAGUUCUUGCGACGAUGAACACAAGCGAGCGAAGACUGCGAGUUCGCCGCGCUGCCGUGCAACAAGCACUUCUUGCUCCCGCCCGCGGUGUGACCGGAACGACUCACCUGUCACCGGAUCUAUGCAUUGCAAACGUGUCUGGGUCCGGAAAUGAUGUGCGGUGGACUUUGUCAUGCUGUUUUUGCAUGACCAAGAAGCUCUGGCAGCUUUCUCAAUGCCUACCCCGCAUGAGGAGUUCGAGGAUUUGGUGACAACAACUGGGCGACUUUUGCUUUCCAUGCAUGACAGAUUUUUGUCUGAUCCAAAACGCGCACCAGAAGUUUCGAUCGUCCAGACCCAGACAUGUUAGCAAUGCAUAGGAUCGUCCAGGGAGCAACAGCACGAGCAAGAAGAGGGCUAUCGGAUGCAAAUUUGUCUGAGUCGGCGAGAUUGCAGCUUGUGAUGCUGGUUUUGGAGUCUGAAAAAAUUUGUCUUGCCUCAGCAGCAAGAGCCGCGCAUUUUUUUCCUCCGCGGAGGAGGCAUUUUAUGUCUUUUGCUGGAAAGGCAUCAAGAAAUACACAGAAAAUCUGUGAUGCUAGAGCAUACAUCACAGAAGUUGAAGAUGAAGUUGCUCUUACUUAUAGGUCAUUUUAAAGAAAUGCAUGACAAACAUUGCACUUUUCCUGACCUAGUCACAUUUGCGUUCGAUACGAGCGGUUGCAGAGCGAUUCCCACUAACUUGGAAGACGGUAAGACGAAGAAGGCCCUGUUCCAGUAAACAAAUGCCUAAACUACAGCUACCCGGGAGCUAAGCAGGAUCAGCAGGAGAAGCUCACUCUCCACAUCGGUAAAUGUUAGUAAUGCACAUCAGAGGAUUUUUGUGGAGGUGGGCGAUGAUGACUUAACAAUAAAUAGCAGUGGACGUCGUAGUAGAUUCACCAGGACGGAGAACAAUCUUGCCACGUCAACACCAGUUCUACGCCUUCGCGCUCUAUCCGGCACGACUCUAUAUUGUUCAACAACCUUCUUUUACAUUUAUUUUUAUACAACGACCCGUUACAACAUCAACAGCGAAACCACCAGGCAGCUAAAUUUAGAGUUUUGCGACGAAAAGAGGAGCGGUGGCAAAAGCUAGUACUUAUUACCUCCACCGAAAAAUGCCGACAAUUUUAUUUAAGCCAGCACUCUUACUCUACGAAGCGACAGCUACGGGUGAGUUCUUCUUCUCGUCCCGUCUCUUCGAAUGCACGUCAUCCCAUUUUUUUUUUCGAACGGAAAUCAGCAACAACACCAACGACGUAUCAAUCAAAACGAGGAUUCGGCUCCACGCGAGCUACACCACAGCGGGCGACGGGUGCCAUGUUCUUGCGACUACAUUUGAGCUGCACCUUUGCGACUUCUACUUCUAACCGCAACAACAUCCAAAAAGAUACGACCGCGAGGGGAAAAAACAUUGCUACGAAAAAUUCUUCAAUUUCAACUAAAUUACACCCACGAUUAAAGACGACAUGUUGGAAAUACUGGCUAUGAAAGGCUGCAUCACUUACGAAAAUAAACGUCAGCAACCGGCUACAAGAGGUUCCAUGAGCUACGCAAUGUGGAUCAUGCCAGGUACUGACUUUUGUUUCCUGUUGUGGUUUCAAAAGUUGUGAAAUGCAUACUUGAUGAGGUCUUGUUGAUUAAUGUUUAGGAACAACAAGGCGCUGAUUUUUCAAUUCGAACUCAAACACAGAAUCGACCCCAGGCGGCCUACCCAGUAUCGCUCCGACACUACUGGCACUGACCGCAAAAUACAACUCCACGCUGCUUCAAAAGGAUGUUAACCGAGGGAAAAUAACGCGAGGGAAAAAUGCCCGUUGGAAGUUGUAGUAGUUGACGUGGUUUAGGAGAUGACGACGUGGCAGCUCCUGCAGCCAGCACCACUUACGAGAGAUUAAUAUCGGUAUCGCAGUUUCGCCACGCCUUAUUUAUUAGUUUUCAACUACUUCGCGUUUGGCAACGAAAGUCAGGAGGAGAUGUUUGUUUUGUACAUCGGGACCAUCAAGAUUGGCGAUGACAGGUCGUGAACAACAGCACGCAGUACGAAGCACAACCUCCAUGUGUCAACACCGGCUCCUCUACUCUUUUCUUGCAUCACGACAAUACUUAGCUACCGAGACCGAGGAACCGUCAUGAGGGCACAACCAGGGAACUACAGGAUUUUGAUUUCUGCCACUACACCUACAUGAUCGGCUGCUUAUUACCCGUGGUCUUCAUGGUACCAGGCCCGAGAUACCAUUUCGUUGAACCAAAACCACAAUCAACAACGGGAGCCGCGUACUAAGAUCUUCCAUUAGCAGCUGCCUUCACGCGACUGAGAAGAAGAUCAGGCUGGUGAGAUGACUACGAUUGGGACGAUAUUUACAUCAUUUUUUGUCGCCGUGAAGAUUAUACACACGAUCGACGAUGAACAAGUUUUUUUCGGCGCGAGCAACGCAACGUCUAAGUAAUCAACGGCGCGUCACGCCAACGAGUAGGAACAACGCGAGGAGAAACAAUCUGCUGCGAAGCCUUCCGUGCUAGCGCAAAAAAUAUCGGAGCCACGACAUCUUCACGAGAGGGGAAAGAAACUACCGGCUCAAAGUUGUUUCGGAGAAGAUGAAAACGAGUUAGUAGAGAAGGUUUCGCCUUGCAAAGCCGGAUCGAGCGUCUGCGCUAUUGAGAAGCAGGCGAGUUGUUUUAUAGGAGAGGAGGUGGUUGAGAACGAAGCCUGGCUCCAUCUAGCGUGGGCGGUUCCAAAUCUGUCGUAAGAGAUGUUGAACUACUAAGACGAGGAAUGAUAUUCGAAUGACGCACCAGCGCCGUGUGCGUUCAGGGGAAAAACUUGAGCAAAUAUUUUGAAAAUGCGAGAUGUCUUGCGCUACAGUUUGAAUAGCGAAGCACAAGCGUUUCGUAUCUACUAUCACGUGCUCAUGAAGAAACGCCCUUCGUUGCGAAGGUGAAAUUAACCCACAGAAUUUGGAU